UGCCUCUGUGGGCGGGACUCUGUAGUGCCGCCUCUGGGCCUCAGCCUCUGUCAUUCCCGAGCGGAUUGUUUGUUGUCAAAAUGGAGUUCUUACUUGGCAAUCCGUACAGCACUCCCGUGGGCCAAUGUAUAGAGAGGGCCACAGAUGGAGGCCUACAGAAUGAGGACUGGACCCUCAACAUGGAAAUCUGCGAUAUCAUAAAUGAGACAGACGAGGGGCCAAAAGAUGCUAUGCGGGCACUGAAGAAGAGACUCAGUGGCAACAAGAACUACAGAGAAGUGAUGCUGGCACUAACGGUAUUGGAAACAUGUGUGAAGAACUGUGGUCACAGGUUUCAUGUUCAGGUGGCCAACAGAGAUUUCAUCGAUGGCGUUUUAGUCAAAAUCAUCUCUCCCAAAACCAAUCCUCCAACUAUCGUACAAGACAAAGUGCUGUCGCUCAUACAGGCCUGGGCUGACGCCUUCAGGAGUAGCCCUGAUCUUACUGGGGUGGUCCAUAUUUAUGAGGAACUGAAGAGGAAAGGCAUUGAAUUCCCAAUGGCAGACCUGGAUGCAUUGUCUCCAAUUCACACACCACAGAGGGGUACACCUGAGGUGGACCCAGCCAUGAUCAAGUACCUAGCCCCUGCAUCACCUGGUGCCGGGGCUCCUAAACCUGCCCCAAACCCACCCCCUGCCACACAGGUCUCACAUAUGCCCAGCCCCAUCACAGCAACCGCUGAGCAGAUCGCCCGGCUGCGUAGUGAGCUGGACAUAGUGAGAGGAAACAUCAAAGUCAUGUCCGAGAUGCUAACAGAGAUGGUCCCUAGCCAGGAAGAUGCCUCUGACCUUGAACUGCUGCAGGAGCUGAACAGGACAUGCAGGGCUAUGCAGCAGAGAGUGGUUGAGCUGAUUUCACGCGUCUCUAAUGAGGAAGUGACUGAGGAGCUGCUGCAUGUCAAUGACGACCUCAACAACAUUUUCCUACGAUAUGAAAGGUAUGAGAGGUACAGGUCGGGUAGAGCUGCACAGAACAACGGGAUGUUGAACGAGGCCACAGAGGACAACCUGAUAGACCUGGGCCCAGGCUCCCCUGCUGUGGUCACGCCCAGGAUCACAUCAAGCCCUCCACCCAACUCCACUGCCGGGGCCACUGCCUCCCCAGCCCAUGACCCCAUUACAGCAUCGCUGUCCACUGCACUAACUGGCCUUGAUGUAGGUUCAGACCGUGUGAGUGGCACCCUGUCGUCUCUAUCAGGCCACAACCAGGAUGACUUUGACAUGUUUGCCCAGACGAGGAGUAGCUCUCUGGCUGAACAACGCAAAAAUGUAAAGUAUGAGGAUCCACAGGCUCUGGGCAGCCUGGCUUCAGCUUUGGAUGUGAGACAGCAGAACACAGGAGGGCUGAGGUUAAAAGGGGAUGAUAACCCGGCAGAUCAGGAGCUGCCCAUAGACAGCUGGCUUAUUACCCAAGGAAUGAUCCCCGUAUCGCAGUCCUCUGUCAUGGAUGACAUAGAGGAGUGGCUCUGUGCUGACGUGAAAGGGGAUGCCGCCGAGGAAGGGGUGACCAGUGAAGAGUUUGAUAAGUUCCUGGAGGAGCGAGCGAAGGCAGCAGACACCCUGCCAUCUCCCCCCGGAGCUAACCCUGCUCACCCCACCCGAGCCCCUGGUGGCUCCCACAAGAAGGCUGAGCGGUCGGAAGAUGCCCUCUUUGCCUUGUAGACUGUUCUCAGAGAAGAUCAAUGUCUCUCCAGGGCAUCUAAAGGUCUUCACCCUAGAUGAUUCCCCCCCAAACAGUUCUUCCGGUCCCAUUUCAUCGCUGACUGGUAGUGCUGCAGCAAGUGAUCUCCACCUCCGUGUCAUUCUCAUGCCACAGUGUUGCUCUAACAUACAGCGGUCCAACGUGUGUACUGCAUACUACUGUGUUGCACGCAAAUAUAUAUGGAUGUAUUAAUGUGUUAGUGUGGGAUGUACUACUCAAAGCCCUGCAGCCCUCGUGCUUGUAAAACUGAAAUUUGUGUGGAAUGGUAACGUGUGUUACUACCCAGUUUGCCUGAAGCAGUGUCGUAAAAAUAGUAAUUUUAGCAGGCAAAUUUUGCUACCUGGGAAUAUAAUGGCUAAAUCAUAGUUAAUUGUGGUGAGUGUAUGCCAGCAUUCCUUUAACCAAAGGGUAUUAAAAAAAAAAAAAAAAAAAAAAAAAA